GCGGGCCCAGUCCCUGGCCGGGGCCGAUACUAUGGGGGGGCUCGGGCUGGCCUCUGGCCUCUGGCCGGAUGGCCUGGGUGCGGGUGUGGCCCUGGCCGUGGGGCGGGAAGGCGGGGUCGUGGACGUGCCGGGAGGGGCCCAUUUACCGCCGUAGCUACAGGCGGCGGCUGACACUGAGGCCGCGGGCCUUGGCCGUGUGGGGCCAGGGGCUGCCGCCGGCGGGGUCCAGCUCGCCCAGGCGGAACUGGUGGAGCGUGGGGCCCUGGGAGUCGGCCCUGGCUCGGGGCCCACAGGCCAAACCGCCGCCGCGCCCGUGGCCCUCGGGGUCCAAGCCAGGCCGCGCCCCCCAGCGCCGCUCAACCGCGCUGCAGGUGAAGGGCCGCCGCCAGUCCGUCUGGCAGCAAGCCCGGCCGCGGCCAAGGGUGUCGAAGUGGGCCAGCACCCGCACCACCUUGAUCGAGGGCCAGACGUCCUCGUCCGCGAAGGGCCGGAGAUGCGUGGAGAUCGUGCACGAGAGGAUGUGGCAGAGCUGGGAGCCGCUGAAGGUGCGGGGCUGCAGCCUGCUGAAGCGCGAAGUCAAGCCCAGGGCCCAGCCAGCAGCCCCGCCCGCCCGCGAGAAGCUGGCCGGGGCUCCCGCAGGACGGGAGCCCCGCGGGGAAGAAGGGGUCGAGCAACCUCGAGAAAUCGAGGCACCAACCACUCAGGAGGCGGGGGCUGCGGGGGCAGAAGGCGAGAAGACCCCAGGGGCAGAAGGCGAGCAGACCCCAGAGGCGGGGGCUGCUGGGGCAGAAGGCGAGGUGGAGACCGGGGGUGCUGAAGGCAAGAAGAUUCCAGGGGUAGAAGGCGAACAGACCCCGGGGGCAGAAGGCGAGAAGACCCCGGAGGCAGAAGGCGAGAAGACCUUAGGAGCAGAAGGCGAGCCGACCCCGGAGGCAGAAAGUGAGAAGACCCCAGGGGCAGAAGGUGAGCAGACUUCGGAGGCGGGGGCUGUCGGAGAAGGCGAGAAGACCCGGGGGACUGAAGGGGAGAAGACCCCAGGGGCAGAAGGUGAGCACACCCCGGAGGCAGAAGGGGAGAAGACCCCAGGGGCAGAAGGCGAGAAGACCCCGGAGGCAGAAGGUGAGAAGACCCCGGGGGCAGAAGGUGAGAAGACCCCGGAGGCAGAAGGUGAGAAGACCCCAGGGGCAGAAGGCGAGAAGACCCCGGGGGCAGAAGGCGAGAAGACCCCGGAGGCAGAAGGUGAGAAGACCCCAGGGGCAGAAGGUGAGCAGACCCCGGGGGCAGAAGGUGAGCAGACCCCGGGGGCAGAAGGUGAGAAGACCCCGGGGGCAGAAGGUGAGAAGACCCCGGGGGCAGAAGGUGAGAAGACCCCGGGGGCAGAAGGUGAGAAGACCCCGGAGGCAGAAGGCAAGAAGACCCCGGAGGCAGAAGGUGAGAAGACCCCGGAGGCAGAAGGUGAGCAGACCCUGGGGACUGAAGGAGAGGAGACCCCAGGGGCAGAAGGGGAGAAGACCCCAGAGGUAGAAGAAGGCGAGCAGCCUCAGGACCAAGGCCAAGGCCAGUUGCUGGAGAGCGAUGAGGUCCCCAGUCAGGAGGAGAAAGGCUCAGAAGACCAGGAGAUUGACAUGAGUGAGGAAGGGGCUGAGGAAGUAGAGUCAGAAUGGAAGGAAGAGAAUAGAUCGUUUUCUGCUGAGGGAGGUAAACCCUCCGAAAGGGCUGAGGCACAAUCCUUGGAACUAGCCUUUGAGGCCACCACAGAUAGCCCAGCACCCACGGUAAAGGAAGUCUAUAUAAACCAGAGAGAGUACAAGGAAGAAAGCCCUGUGAGGAGUGAUGCCUAUGAAAUGAUGGAAGGGGAGCAGCCUGGUCAAGGGGCCAAGGAAGGGAAGCAAACCCCCCAGGGCAGUGAUGGUGGAGGAGAGGUGGAGAAGGAGCCUGAAGGAGGAUAGAUGGGAAGAAGAGAGAACAGAUGGAGCAGCUAGGGUCACGAAGGAAGGCAUUGGGCCAGUAGGCGUGGGGUGAACUUGGACAGAAAAAUGGGACUUGAUGGGUGCUUUGCAAACUCGGAAGAUGGAAGUGUGGAGCUCUGGGGCACAUUCUGAGAAAGGCAGCACAAAGAGGGGGUAUGGGCCAAAGUGGAGCCAGGCCUUGCCAGGGGGAUAAUGAGGGGUGGGGGAGCAGGGCUCGAGAAGGUAGCUUUCUGAUGGAAAUCUUAGAAAAGCAAAGAAUGGAGAAUGAAGAAACCUUGAAAAAGAUAUGGGACUGAAGGGCCCAGAGUUAAUGUGUGUGGAUCUAAGCAGAAUCAAAGAGAAAGACUUUGAAGAUCGAGGUGAAAGAAACAAAAGAUCGCUGCCUUGCUGGGUGGCAGCCUCAGGAUUCUGGCAUUCCCUGGCCCCAGGAAGUGCUGAACUUUGCUCUUCUGAUCGGUUUACCAACGGCCUAAUCCUGCAUCCUCCAUCCUGUUCAAUGUGCUUCGGAGCCAUCGCAGCAAGGAAGGCCACACAAGGGGAAAGGAGCCUCCGGCCACCCAAGCCUUAUGCUGAAGGAGAUGGUGGAUUCUGGGUAACAAAGGCACAAUCUUGUCACCUUGGCUGUCCCUGGGCAGAGCCAGAAGGAAUCUACUCCAAUGGUCUGUCCCCCACCAAAGAGCCACAAAUGGUGAGAAGCCAGCCCAAGCUUGAAGACCCUGGCCCCCCAACUCUCCACCACUCAUGUCUGAGUUCCGUCUGCCAGCCUGCAGUGCCCGCAGGCGUCACCUGCCAAGCCCCCCCACCUCCAGGGGGUGUGGGGUAGAUUCCUGGCUGCCAGCCUCUGCACAUCUCCAGGAGGCCCCAGAGCAGCUCAAGAGGAAUUUCUCUGCCCCUUGGGGGAGUCGACACAUGACCUGUUAGUGAUUCGGGCCACAGAAUCCAACCAGAAAUAACAGUCUGCUGAGCACGUUCCGCUCCCCUUUCGCACAGUCCCAGGCACUUUAUCAGAUUCCAGGCAGCAGCUGAGCAGGAAGUCAGAACUGGGAGAUUUCGAGCCGCCCGGGCGAAGCCUGGAAAACCAGUCAUCCGGCAAGAGGGGGCUGAGAGGGGGCCAGGCCCUCCUCCGGGGUCUUCUGCCCCAGGCCUUGCUCUGAAAGGGCCCCGACACAUUCACAUGGCUUAAGAAAGACUCAGACGCGAAAGAACCACCAUUCUGUGAUGUGAUGGCCCUGGCCAAGCCCCGCCAUGCCAAU